AUGGCCAAAGCCGUAGGGAGGCCUGUAGCCUUGGAUCGCAAAACAUUGAAUGGCACUAUGGGCAACUACGCCAGAGUCCUCAUCAAGGUCGAGUUGGUUGGAGCCAAGGUGGAGGAGAUCCAAGUGGAACAAAAGAAACCUGGUACAGACAUCAUUUUUUGGUUCAAACAACGGGUGAUGUAUGAGGACGAUCUCUCAAGAUGCACCUUAUGCAAAAAACUGGGCCAUAUGGCCAACCAAUGCCGAGAUAAGAGGGACGAAAGAAAGCCUGUUGCCCAGAAUAAUGGCAAUUUUAUCGCAGAUGACCAUGUACAUGGUAACCUCGCUGGAGUUGGGAUAGAAGGGUCGACUGAAAAAGCGGCCAGCCCCAGCUGUGUGAGGAGUCCCAGAUUGGUAGGAGAAUAUUUCCCUCCUAUGGUUAUGGAAAAUGUGAAUGGGGAUAUGAAUUACCUUGUGGAGGGAAAUCUGAAUUUGGGAGGGCCGAAUUCUAACACUAAUCAGUGCAGGGAGGAUCUGGAGCCAAAUAUGGUGGAUAAUCCAUUGGGUGAGGGAAGCGAGCAGGGAGAGGACGAUGCUACUCCAAGGGCUGGAAACCACUUGGAGGAAUCUUUUGUAGCUUGGAACUUAAGGCCUCGAUGUAAAAUUGAUUACCAUGGAGGUCAUGCUGGUCGAGGAACAACUAGAGGUGGCAGAGGCGGUAGAGGUGAGGAAGGGGUGGUGUCAGAGCAUAUCGUAAAGGGCCUUCCUCCCACCCAGCUGGUGGGAGGUCGUGCUAUUGUUCACCAUCCAGAGGUUGCUGCUAUUGAUAAUGCUUUACGUGCAGAGGAGGCUGCAGUAAGGAAGGGAAAAGCUAUUAUGGAAAAGGAGCAGACAGCCAAAGGUAUGAAGAAGGCCUCUGGUAAGAACGCCUUACGUGUACUUGUGAAAGAAAAGGAUCCUGAUAUUCUUUGCAUUGCGGAGCCAAUGAUCAAGAUCUCUUUCGUUCAUGCGAGUAGCUUUAGAGCUGAAAGAAGAUCUUUGUGGAUGAAUUUGAUGGCUGAUUCUCCUCAGUCCCCUACUCCAUGGGCAAUUAUGGGUGAUUUUAAUGCAACCUUGCAAUCUCAUGAGAAGAGAGGGCCGGGCAACUUCAGUAUGGGGUCGGCAGUUGAAUUUGGAGCCAUGGUUGAUGCUUGUGCAAUGGCUCAAGUGCCUUCUUCUGGAAUGAAGUUUACUUGGUCCAACAACCGCUGCAGAGGUAAUGUUCGCGCAAUGUUGGAUAGAAGCUUCUGUAAUGACGAAUGGAUAUCUCGAUUUCAGGAUUGUGCUCAAACAGUCCUUGAUCGAAUUGCCUCAGAUCACGCCCCUAUUAUGGUCACUUCAGCCAUGUCUCAGAGACCGACUAAUGCCCCUUUUCGGUUUCACAAAUUUUGGAUAGACCAUACAGAUUUUGAGAAUGUGGCUAAGACCUCCUUUCCAAACAUUGAUAGAGCUCUUGAAGAUGCAAAAAAAAACUUAAAGCAGGUGCAGUUAGACACUGAAGCCAACGGGUUAGAUGACCACUCUUUUGCUAGGGAAGCAGAUGCAAAAACUUCUUUGAUUAAAGCCUUGGAUUUGCAUGAAAAGCUAUGGGUGGAAAAGGCUAAAAUCAGAUGGAUGGAGCAGGGGGACAGGAAUUCUAGAUUCUUCCAUUUGUCUGCAAAAAUGAGAAGAAUUAGAAAUACCAUUAGAUACCUCAAGAAACAAGAUGGGACCAUUGUGGAAGGUCGUGAACAGCUGGGAGACUACAUUGUGCAAUUUUAUAAGGAUUUCCACAAAGCCAGCCCUACUAUAGAUCAUGUGGACCUUCUUGACUCCAUUCCCAUGGUUCUUCAACAAAACGACAUUUUUUUCUUGGAUUCUAUCCCGGGUGAUGAAGAGAUAAAGAAGGUAAUAUGGGAGCUCGACCCGGACAGCACUCCAGGUCCAGAUGGCUUUACAGGAGCUUUUUUUAGGAGAUGCUGGAAUAUUGUUGAAAGGGAGGAUAAAUGGUGGGGACAGAGAUCUAUAAUGGAGGAGAUCAACUUAGAUAAUUCCAGUUCUCUAAUCACUUCUGCUACAGUGGGAGAUUUUAUUAGAGAGGGACAAUGGCAUCUUCCAGAGGUAAAUGCUCCUUUGCUUAAGCAGAUUUUCAAUCAGAUAAAAAAGAUUAAAAUUCCCAGUGUGCAGACGGAAGAUUGGAAAAACCAGGUGUCGAUUGCUAACUUCCUACUAUGGUGGAAGAGAAGAGCUACUGGCCUCAACGUUAAAAAGCCAUGGAAGAUGGGAUUUCUGCUAAUUACUUAUCAUCUAUGGUGGGAGAGAAAUCAAAGAAGGCAUGAGGCUAAGGCAAGACAGGCUAAAUUUAUUUUUGAAUCCAUCAGACAAGAGCUGAUUCUAUGUCAUGGCGGUUCAUGCAAAGAGGUUAAGGCAGUUUCAGAUGUUUUAUGCUGCAGGAACUGGGUUUAG